CCUUAAUACUUGGUAUUGAUCAUUACAGCUAACUUCUGACUGUAGCUAACUUUUGAAAUAUAUAUCAAAUUCAAUAUUCGUUAGUUUCAUAAUUAUACCAAGUAUGCUAACUGCACUUAUUUUACUUCAAUUACUCAUUCCACCGAGUUUUCAAUUCAUGUUCGGUGGUAGUGGUGGAGGAGGAUGCGGAUGUCCUUGUCCAGUUCCACCUCCCGUCCCGAUUUGUGCUCCACAAACUAUCUGUGCUCAACAAGCUCCGUGCUCAUCUUCUUCAUCAUAUUCACCAUCAUAUUCUGCGUCAUAUGCUUCUGUUCCAGCUCCAGUUCCUUCGCCAUUUUAUCAAUCGGGUUGGUCGAAUCCCAUCCCUUCAUAUGCUUCUGCUCCAGCUCUUCCAUCAUAUUCAACUGCAUAUUCCAUGGCUCCUCCACCUCUUAUCCUACCUUCGUCUCCUUCAUACGUAGCUCCAGUAUCUGCUCCAUCAUACUCUCUAACUCCAUCCAUUUCCAUUCCUGGGCCAUUUCCACCGGCACCUCUUUAUGUGCCACCUGCACCACCAAUGCCAAUUGUGACUGAUGGAUAUGAUAAAAUUUCAAUCGUAACGUCUAUUGCAACAACUCCAUCGUAUUUGCAAAGUGGUUAUGCUCCAGCUACACUAGCAUAUGAAAAGCAGUAUGAUGAAGAGAGUAGUCUGGAAGGAAUGGCACCACCUCCACCCCCUCCUCCGCCAAUUGAUAUACCAAAAGAUGUCAAAACCUACGACUACCGCACUUCAGAAGUUGUAAGCCAUUCGGAAAACUAUAAACCAGCGUUUGUUCCAAGUGCAAGUUAUUUGGAAGAUGUGUCAGAAGAAGGCCAAUUAGUUGAAAAACAAGGGCAUUGGUCUAAGGGAUCAGAUUCCCAGACUUCUUCAAAAUAUGGUCAAUUUGAAAGUCGACAUAAUAUUCUGAAACGAAUGAAGACGGAGUCAAUACCAAGAACCAAUAACACUUGUAAUUCAAUAAAAUUAGCAAAUGUGAUGAUGAGAGCUAUUGUGGAUGAUGUUUCUGUAUCAAAGAGAAUGAUUCAACAUGCCACAAAGUCAGCGUUCGAUGGUGCCAAAUUUGAUGUAUUUUGUGCAAUUGGAGAGUUCAGUUAUAGUAUUCACUCCCGCAAGUAUUGUGAAGUGACGAAGCAGGAGGUCACUUGUUUUGCUUUCCGAUAAUAAUUGAAUAUCUAGAUCCGAUUUAUGUUUUUUUCCUGCAUAUUUAUUAUAUGUAAUAAAUAAGAAAC